AUGGCACCACCAACUCCAACUCUCAGAGUCUUCUGCAAGAGAGGGAAUGAGGGUGGAACUGAGUUUAUUGCUCUGCAGUUUUUAUUGGGAGAAUCCACCAGUUCACUUAGGCGGUACUGGAGUGUGGAGAUGCACGGGAAAUAUAUGAUUGGGUCACUAGUUUAUCUUUCAGAGUGCUCAAAAGAUAUUUUUCAGUUUGUUGUAGAAAAUGUAUUUGCGUUCAAUGGGAGCUUUUGGAUACGACUUGUGGCUAGAACAGAUACUUGCAAAUCAGAGGAGAUUUUAUACUUUGGAUCGAAUUUGUUUAUUUCUCUUAGCUCUGCCCUUGAUGAAGAGGAAGAUAUUUCUUGGCCUCCUAGAGUUUUCGAGGCUCUCUUUUUCAUGGAAAAAGUGAUAAAUGACUUGCUGGAUCCAAGUGCUCAAAAUUUACGUGUUAGAGAAGAUGCACAGAUAAACCGGAGGACUUUGAUCUGUGCAGUCAAUCCAGAUGCUGAGAAAUCAUUUAAAAAGACUGUGGAAGUGGAUAGGCUAAUAGAUAUGCUGAGGGGUGCAAAUGAUAAGGAGGGAAAAAUAAAUUCAGCUACCGAUGUUCUCAAGGAAGCUUUAAAACCUCUAGUUGAUGAAGAGGAAGAGAUUUCUUGGCCUCUUAGAGAUUUAGAGGGAAAUCAAACAAAGGGAGCAAGAAGGGCCACUGGAUGUGUGGUUUCUUUCAAAAGUUAA